AUGCAUGCAUUUACCCAGAAGUUGCAUUACGGAACAGAACUUACAAAAUUGGUUUCUCUUGUUCGCGACCUCAAAUCAUUUCAAGAGUUAUUGUUGAAAAAUAAUAAAGUAUUGGAAGAGCUCUCACUGCUGCAAAUCAGAACCAAUUGCCUGUCUCUAUUAAGAACCCUUCAAGUUUCACUUGGUAAUCUCAAUGUGCCAAAUGAUAUGACUGAAGAGUCAAUCAAAAAGUUCUGUUUGCAAACAUCUUCAUUAAUAUUUUCAACAGCUUCUAGUUCCUUUAUGCUGCACAAUGUUGAGAUGGAGCCACUCGACAUUUUAGUGAUAGAUGAAGCUGCACAGUUGAAAGAGUGUGAAUCAUUGAUACCUCUACUUCUUCAUAACAUAAACCAUGUCAUUCUUGUUGGAGAUGAACUCCAGCUACCAGCAAUGCUUAUUUGCGAGGCUGCUUUCGGAAGAAGCUUAUUUGCGAGGCUGAGCAAAUUGGGUCAUCCAAAUCACUUCCUCAACAUACAGUACCGGAUGCAUCAAAGUAAUGAACUGGAACAUCUGUUUGAAGUAUCAGAUGAAGAACAUGACAACAUACACUCUUUAAGGAGUACAUUUGUACUUGGUCGCUCUGGUACUGGGAAAACCACUGUUUUGACCAUGAAAUUAUUUAAUAUGGACGAAUCGCUCAAUAUGUAUAAAGAGAAAGAAGACAGCUCUACUGUUGAUGACGGGCUUGUCGUACGCCAAUUGUUUGUAACAGUGAGUCCUAAACUUUGCCAAGCAGUGAAACACCAGGUUGCUAGAAUGAAAAGGUAUGUAGCUUGUGGAGAGGAAGAUAUAGUUGAUGUUGAUACAUCAAUACAGUUUAAGAACAUACCAGAUUCUUUUGUUAAUCUUCCCCCCAACUCAUAUCCACUUGUGAUAACAUUUCAGAAAUUUCUAAUGAUGCUGGAUGGGACUGUGGGGCCUUCUUAUUUUAAUAGAUUUAGUGAUCUAUCUUUUGAGAGCCUAGGUGUAAGAUCUGUUGCUUUGGAGACUUUUAUAAGGAAGAAGGAAGUGACUUAUGACAGGUUUAAUGCAGUAUAUUGCAAAAUGUUUGAUUCAUCAAAAGUUUUCACAGAAAUUGUGUCUAUUAUAAAAGGGGGUCAGAAAUCUAUUGAUCUUGUUGAAGGGAAGUUAAGUCGUCCGGAUUAUUUUUCCUUGUCUAAAAACCGAGCGUCCAGUUUAAGCACAGAUGAAAGGAAUAUCAUAUAUGAUAUCUAUCAAAGUUAUGAGAAAAUGAAGAUGGAUAAAGGGGAUUUUGAUAUUGCUGAUAUUGUUGCUGACUUGCAUCAACGACUCAGAAAUGAAAAAUAUGAGGGUGAUUAUAUUCGCUUUGUAUAUAUUGACGAAGUGCAAGAUCUAACUAUGAGUCAAAUUGCUUUAUUCACUUAUGUGUGUCGAAAUGUUGAAAGUGGUUUCGUUUUUUGUGGGGAUACUGCACAAACCAUAGCAAGGGGAAUCGAUUUUAGGUUCGAGGAUAUCAAAUCUCUCUUUUACAGCAAGUUCAUACCAGAAUCAGAGGCAAGUGCUUACAACCAAGGAAAGGAUAAAGCAAAAACAUGUAUCUUGAAUCAGAACUUUAGGACUCCCUCUGGAGUGCUCAAGUUAUCUCAGAGCACCAUUGACCUUCUUUCCAGUUUUUUCCCUCAUUCUAUUGAUGUUUUAAAGCCCGAGAACAGUUUUAUAUAUGGAGAAGCUCCGGUUGUUCUUAAUUGUGGAAGCAGAAAAGAUGCUAUUGUAACAAUAUUUGGCAACACUGGACAUGAUGGUGGGAAGUUUGUCGGAUUUGGAGCUGAGCAAGUAAUAUUGGUACGUGAUGAUAAUGCUCGGAAGGAAAUUUUAAACUGUAUUGGGAAACAAGCACUCGUUUUAACUAUUUUGGAGUGCAAAGGACUUGAGUUUCAGGAUGUAUUGCUGUACAACUUUUUUGGCACUUCACCUUUGAAAAAUAGAUGGAGGGUGGUUUAUGCUUAUAUGGAUAAACAAGGUCUGUUGGAACCUAAUGAAUCCAAGUCUUUUCCAAGUUUCAGUCAUUCCAAACACAAUACUUUGUGUUCUGAUCUGAAACAGUUAUAUGUUGCUAUAACACGUACGAGACAAAGAUUGUGGAUAUGUGAGGAAAAAGAAGAGUAUUGCACACCUAUGUUUGAUUUUUGGAAAAAAAAGUGUCUGGUACAAUUCAAAGAAUUGGAUGAUACAUUUGCUCAGAAAAUGAAAGUUGCAAGUAGUCCAGAAGAAUGGAAGUCGCGUGGCGAAAAGUUAUAUUAUGAAAGUAACUAUGAGAUGGCAAUGAUGUGUUUUGAAAGAGCAAGAGACUUUUAUUGGGAAAAAAAGUCUGAAGCUGCUGGUCUCAGGGAAACUGCAAAGCAUUUACAAGACUCGAAUCCGGAGAAAGCAAAUGCAAUCUUUAGGAAGGCUGCAGGAAUUUUUGAAAGCAUAGGAAUGACUGAAUCUGCUGCCCAAUGCUUUUCUGAUUUGGGGGAUUAUGAACAAGCUGGAAAACUUUACAUUGUAAAAGGUAAAGAGCCAGAUUUGAAAAGGGCCGGAGAUUGUUUCUAUUUAGCCGGUUCUUAUGAAAUGGCAUUUAAAGCAUACACUCGAGGAAAAUUCUUCUCGGAAUGUUUGAAAGUUUGUGCAAAAAGUGGAACGUAUGAGGUUGGUCUGAGUACCUUGCAAGAGUGGAAAGAAAAUGAAGGUGGUGACAGGGAUUGGGUUAAUAUUGAGCAAAAAUUUCGGGAGAAUUGUGCUCGCAGUUAUUUUAACAAAAAAGAUAUCAAAUCCAUGAUGAAAUGUAUUGAUGAUUUUCAUUCGAAAGAUUUCAAGCGUGAUUUCUUAAGAUCAUUAAGCUUAUAUGAUGAGCUUCUUGAAUUAGAAAAGAAAUCAUGCAAUUAUGCGGAGGCGAUAAUUAUUGCUAAGAUGAUGGGCAACAUUCUUUGUGAGGUUGAUUUGCUUGAAAAAAUGGGUAACUUCUAUCAAGCACACGAGCUUUUGAUUGUUUAUGUACUUUCAAAUUCUCUUUGGUCCGGGGGAAGCAAUGGAUGGCCCUUAAAUCCGUUUACACAGAAGGCCGAGCUUUUGGAAAGAGCGAUGACAUCUGCAAAGAAAUUCCCGAGUUUCAGGAUAGAACUUGCACAAACAGAAGCUGGAAUACUAUCAAAUAAGCAUGUCACAAAUACUGAAUUGAUGGAUCAGUUGACUUGUUGUCGGACAAAUAUGGGUAUCAGAGGGGAAAUAUUAUGUUUGUGGAAACUGCUGGAUUUUCAUUUGAGGCUGAACUCCAAAAAGUUUGUCUGGCGCGACGAUAUUAUUGCUAGUUCAAAUUCAAUGCAAUCUAUGAUUAGAAAUAAGGAAUUUUCUGUGAGGAGCCUGAAUGAUUGUUGGACAUGUUGGAAGGAUAUCAUAUUUCACAUGCUGCAAUGCCUUUCAAAUAGUGAAGUUAAGAAUAAUUCGCAUGUGAUAUUUGCAUUAAACUAUUUGGGGGUUCAAUUAAAUCCGCAUUGCCAUGAUCUAGGUUACAAAUACAUUUUGCUCAUUCCUGAUGCUAACUGGGUGAAAAAAUUGGGUGAUGAACAUGUUAAUAAGAAGGGCCAGCUAGUCUAUGUUGAUGGUAAACCUUUAUUCUCUUGUGCUCAGAGAUAUUGGCGUUCAGAAUUAUCAUCUGUUGGCAUGGAUGUCUUGCAUGUCCUUGAUGCACUCUACAAGCAUUCAAAUGGUAAAGCCGUUUCUGAAUCUUGGCAAAUAGAAACAUUAACGGCAAUCUUUGAUGUGUCAAUGUUUCUUCUCGAGUUGGAUAUUGGGUAUGCCCACAAAAACUUGAGAUUCCUAGAGAAAUGCAGGAAAAAUUCGGUUGACAAUCUAACACGCCUUGGAAAGCAACAAGGAAUAGACUUUUGACGAGAGCAAAAGUUUGGUAUUUUUGAUAAAUUUGGAGUGUCACUUUCACAACAGAAUGUAAUGAACUUGUUUUAAGUAGGAAGUUAAAGUGUCCAUUUACAGUUA